AUGGACAUUCAUGCCAUAGAUAUAAAUACCAUAACCACUCCUGAUGGCGGCGAGAGCGACUAUGGGUCCGACUUUUCUCCCGAAGUAGAGCAAAUAGUGGCACAAUUGCUAUCCGCGCAUGAUAAUGACACCACAGACGACAAUCCUAUUCUCCGCGGCGUCGAACAACAUGAGGCACUGCAGUCUCUUCAUGUCCCUCGAAUUCUUGGGAGGGGGGAGAGAUCCCCUCUUUUCCAAGCGGUUAAGGCCGCAGAGGAGGUUGCGGAGCAUGUCCGCCACUCAGUCGGCCAACCCACGAACUUAGCCAACAAGUACAGCGAAAUACUACCAGACCCAGCCCCUAAAAUUCCCCAAGAACUCGCAGCGAAUCAAAUUCCGGACACCCGAUCUCCCAUGGAACGAUUCCGCACCCAGCCAAAGAAAGCCCUGUCUGUCACGGAUCUGAUCUCUCCAGCUUGGUGCGAGUUGCAGUAUUGGUAUACCCUAACCAUUCAUGGGAAGACGAGGCCUACGCCGGCAAUGAAACAGGGGAGCGCGGUCCACAAAAAGCUUGAAGACCAAGUCCAUACAACUGUCAAGGUUGAGAUCACCACAAUAGAGGAUGCAUGGGGUCUUCGCAUAUGGAAUAUCAUCCAAGGACUCAAGACCUUGCGAGAAACUGGCUUAACACGUGAACUAGAGAUAUGGGGCACGAUAGAUGGACAUGUGGUUUGCGGCAUCAUUGAUGAAUUGUCAUAUAUCUCUCCGGAUACUGAGCUUGAGGACUCCCUCGAGAGCUCGCUAUCCAAGGACGAACCUCCCCCUGACCAGGCUACCAUUUCCGAGUUCUUCAAGGCAACAGGUGGUUCGACAUUGAGCGAAGCUACCAGGAGCAAACGACGUGCUCAAACGAAGAAAGUCUACCUAUGCGAUGUAAAGACCCGCUCGGUCCGAAAUCUGCCCUCAGGGGCUGCAUUCCGCCCUACGAGGAUGCAACUAAUGCUCUAUCAUCAUCUCCUCUCUGCACUUGCGACAGGUACCGUAGACUUAUCUAUUUUUGCGACACGGUAUAACUUCGACCCCUUAAGUGUAUUCUCAGACUCCUUCAUCGCACAAGUAGGAAGCCUCAACGAUGACGUCUUUUAUGACGCCCAGUCGAACCUUCCAUCGAGCCAGGAAUCAGACCAGAACUGGAGCCAGGACUCGAUGUCCAUUCUCUUGGCCCAUAACACGCUCGCCGCUCUCUGGACGCUAAUGAUUCAAGAAUUCCAAAUCACCUUUCCCAACGGAGCUGAUUCCAUUGGCAAGGUCCUGCAAGCAGAAUAUAGAUCCAGGGAUGAGGGUGAAAUAAUAGGAAGCAAGACAUUCGCGAUGGAUGAAGGAGAGCUGAAGAAAUAUAUAGACCACGAAAUGGAAUGGUGGAAGGGAGAGCGAGAAGCAGAGGGCGUCGUCAUCGAAGAGGCUUAUAAGUGUAGAACCUGCGAGUUCGCGGAGAAUUGCACGUGGAGACUCGAGAAGAUCGAGGAGACUACGAAGAAGGUCCGUUCGAGAAGGAAGGCUGCAGCUACGUAG